UUUCAGAAUCACUGCGAUAAUGCCCAUCGAUUUUUUUCACACCGGUCUCAUACACCUAUAACUUAGCAAGGCUCAAAUUCAAAGCAAUACCACAAACAAACCAAUUGUUUAUUUCUUCUCUUUCCUUUGUGUGAAAUAUAAAUUUUGCCAACUCAAUGAUGUGCUGACUGGCCCUGUACUGAUUUGUGCCAACAUAUUAAUUACAAUGAGCUUAGGUUGCCAUUUUUUCUUGGAUUGUCAAGAAAAACACAUUUAAAUGUACCGCCAACUGAUUACACAAUAAAAUAAGUAGUACUCCUCACAGUUUGUCUUUUGUCUUAUUACCAAACUCGAUUACAGAAAAUGCUUGAUGAAGGCAUGAUUCACUUUCAUGGAGUACUUCAAAAUCUCUUUAUCAAAGCCUACACAAACACUACUCUAUAUCUCAAGAUGUACAGGCUGCUUUGUCUUACAGCUUUCUGUUACCCAAACCAUCACAAAGAAAUAAUCCCCUUGUUCAUGAUGCUCUUACACUUAUUAUGCACAAGUUCAAAACAUUUAUUUUCUUGUUUGCCUUUCUAAAGCUACAUAUUCAUUUCAUCUGAUUUGAAUAAGCUAAACACAAAGACUACAUUUCCUCAUAGUUGAUGUUCUGAAAACACCUCCCUGUCUCAACAUCAAAGAUCAUCUCUUACACAAAACAUCUUAGCUCUUUGUCACUAUGUACCAAUCAAUUACCAGCUACUAUCAACAACUUCUACAUUCAGCUUACUCUUUACACCACAGGGAUCCAAACUGAUUAACACAUUCAUACAAAAACUAAUUAUCCCACUGGGAAAUAUCAGCUUGGGUAGAGCACUGGUCAAACAAUCAACAGGAGAUACAUCAAACAGGACCCCCCACUAAAGUGAGCACUACUUUCCUCAUUUACCAUACUGCACAGUUAAUCUGCGGGCAAUAAAAGGACUCCAUUUUCUCAGAUGUCUUCAUUCUCUCGGUUAACCACCACAACAACCAUGUCUGACAACAUGUUCCUUUCCUAUCCUGCCAUGGCUGAAAACUCAUUACAAAAUGCAGGCCAAUCAUUUGAUAGCCUGUGGGCAAGUCUUGAGGACCUUGUCCAUCACUACCAAAGUGACGAAGAAAGCAGUACUGGAAACUCUAGUCUCGAGUGCUCGAUUGACGACAAUCUCUCUCAGCAGCACAGUCCACUGGCCUCACCAAGUCCACCUCUCAGGCAGACUAAUCCUCAUUCUGUUCCAUCCUCUACCCACUAUCCUGGCCACUACGGAUUUCAGAUAGCAUUUUCACCGCCAAAAAAGGACACCAAAUCUACCACUUGGACAUACUCCAACAGUUUCAACAAGCUCUAUGUUCGCAUGGCCACUUCUUGCCCUAUCCAAUUCAAAACCGCCUCACCACCACCUUCCGGCACCCUCAUCAGAGCAACAGCCAUCUACAAGGAGCCACAGCACAUUCAACAUGUUGUCACAAGAUGUCCUAACCAUGCAAGCUGUCUGCAACACAAUGAGAGUCACCCUGCACCCAGUCAUCUCAUUCGCUCUGACCAUCCUCUGGCUGCCUAUGUCGAAGACCCCUUUACCAACAGGCACAGCGUGGUCAUCCCCCAUCAAACAGCGCAGGUGGGUUCAGAAUGGACAGUUAACCUCUACCAGUUCAUGUGUCUGGGUUCCUGCGUAGGAGGUCCAAACAGACGGCCAAUGCAAAUCGUCUUCACACUGGAGUAUGAACACACAGUGCUGGGCCGAGCAGCCGUUGAUGUCAGAAUUUGUGCAUGCCCCGGUCGCGACAAAAGGGUGGAUGAAAACUCUCUGUCUUCUAAUCCUACAGUGACAAAAAGAACCCAGUGCAAACGCCCCCUAAACCAGGACACUUCUCUCAUGCACACUAAGAGAAGGAAGCAAUCCAAGCCAGACAGUGACGUCUUUACUCUCACCGUGCGUGGACAGGAAAAUUAUGAUCUUCUCUGUCGUUUGAGAGACUCUCUUGAACUGGCUGCUUUUCUUACUUUCACAGCCGACAAGUAACGGUGCAAUGGAACAUACACCCAUAGCUCUUUAAUGACUGUUUUUUGUACACAUCAAUUUAGUGCCUUCUCAAACAAUGUGCAUUUGUAAUUUACAUUUCUAGCAGAUUUGUUCACUGUUAUGUCUGCUUCAUUGAGAAUUAUACAAUUGCUAAUAAAAGCCUAUAUAUACAAUUCCAAAAAUUCUUAA